AUGGCCUCCUCGUGGAAUAUGGUAGAGAACGAUGCUCUCUUUCGAGCGGUAAGCACUUUUGGAACCAAUUGGCAUGCCAUUCUGAAUAGCUCUGGAUAUGGAUGCCUCCUCAAAGGCCGUGACCCAGCCGCCCUCGACGCUCAGUGGAGGUUCUUGAAGUCAAUGGGAAGCAGCAGAAAGCUUGUGCAGGCACCUCAGUCUCCCCUGGCCCAGUCUAAAUCGCCGCCGAAGAAGUUGAAGAAGAAGGCAAAGAAGUCCAGGACCGCACUGGAACCCAGGAUGGAACCUUUCUCUAGCUCGGAGAAAUACAAGGUGUUGAGAGGUAUGGAGAUCGUCGGCUGGGGGAGGUGGAAGGACCUUCUUUCUAUCUAUAAGAUGAGAAGAUCUCCUGACAUGCUCAGGUCCUUUGCUGUCAGUCUCAUCCUUGCUCCAUUGCAACUUGACUUGACUCGAGUCUGCACACCCUCCCGAAGCUGCCGACUGAGAUCAUGGGUUGGCAGCUCUGAUCUCAGCAACGCCUCCUUGUGCUUCUUGCCUUGUCCCACUGCUGACCCUUGCUGCUUCCUCGCUGUGGAUCGCAACCUGUUCAGCAGACCUCCAGCAGCACCCAAGGAUGACGCCUUGAGGAAGGGCUCGUUCGCCUGGGUCCUCACGGACUCGCUGCCACCAUGGCCAGCCGUGACGAUCCGAGCGAGUGACAAGGUAAAGAAGGAGAAGAAGAGACGCCAGCAGGCCAUCUGCUUCGGUACCUUCGAGCUGAUCUCCACCAGCAAACGAAACUUCAAGCCCUUCAAGUCUCUAGUCACUCAGUUCCACAACUUCACCGCAGAAAGCGACGGACUAGACUCGCGAUCCACAAAUUUCUUGAAGUUCAGCAAUGCGGUCAAGUUGUUGGCGGAUAAGCCCAGGGUCCUCGACAUAUACAAGAAGUCCAUCAUGGAUGCUGCAGGCGCGUGGCUGGAGCGAAAGAAUUUCAUGGCGAGUAAGUCGACCGACGAGGCCAUAGAAGAAUUCUUUACAACGCUCAAGGCGGAAGAGCACUUGUUGAGAAACAUCACAAUGCUCUCGAAGAAGGGAGAGAAGUUCAGAAUCGCUCCAUGGGUGAGGGAGAGUUCUGGGGAACCCGAAUUGUCGACGUCGCUCGUCAACAUGUCAUGUGAGUGUGGGAUAUCAGUCAGUCGAGAAGAACUGGAGGAGCACAGAAAGAGUCAGAAGCAUGCCGACCUCUUGGCCUUCUGCAGGCUGAUGAAUGUCAGCAGCCAAGAUGGGAUCAACGAGAUGUUGGGCGAGCGAUUCAAGAAUUCAGAUGUUGCUGAAGACAUCAAGAGCCCUAAGUCGCGGCAGGAGGAAGCUGAGGCUCUUAAACCCGUCAACCUUUCCAUGUGCAAGCCCGUCGUGUGCCCAAAGUGGGAGGAAGAGCUUCUGAUCUUGUCCUCGGAGAUUCAGAGGAGGGAGGCGGUGCAGCAUCUUCUCCAUGAGCAAGCUGAUCGUUCUCAUCCUGCCACCCUCGAAGAGCUUGAAGGCAACCAGUCGGUCAGCCUCAAAGACGACAAGGACAUAGGGCAGCACAAGGCGAAGAUUGCGAGGAUCGAAGCACUCACUGCAGAGGUGGAGGGGGAGAAAAUUUACGGGGCUUACGAGGUGGAGGGGAGAAGCGGGAUGGAAGAGAGGGUUGUCUACGGCUGUCGCCCCUGCCGGGUUGUCAACGAGUCCCCACGGGGGCUGCGGCUGCACCUGGCGACUCAGCGGCACUUGUACAAGGUGAGGUGGAUGCGGAUGGGAUGGAUUUCCAUCAACGGGGAGAAGAGCGACUUGUUCCCCUCCAACCGCUCUGAAAUGUACUCUCGCUUCCGUGAAAAGCGCUUCCGUAUCGAGGCCAAGCACAGCAACCGACACUGCGCCAAGUGCCGCAAGCUUGGGCUCGUCGUCUGCUGCGACACCUGCCCUCGCGUGCUACAUCUGUCUUGCAUUCCUGCUGAUAUUCCUCUUCCCCGAUCAGCAUGGCAGAGGGACGUGUGGUCGUGUGAGCGAUGCUCUGCUGCCAACAUGACCAGAACAAAGAGAAGGGAGUCGCAGAAGCUCAAGCCUAGCAAGCGGCUCAAGGCACUUGAUGGAGGGAAGGCAAAGAAAAUUCGCCGCGCAGAGCUGGGCAGCAAGAGACUGAAGAUGUCGAGCUCGACCCAGCAGCUCGAUCACGUCCAGCUGGAUGACAUCGAUCAGCCUCUGGUGCUUCACAACUCCUCCUGCUUAGCUAGACAAGUCUCUCCACCUGCUGGUUGCUGCUUCAGCUCGCAAAUAGCUGGGCUGGCCGACGACUGGCUCAGGGCGACUUCCUUCUUCAGUCAGGUUGUUCCCUUGCUCGACGUGGGCAACGAGGGCGAGGAGUUGCUCCGUUUCGUCUCCUCCGUCUCCCUGGAAGAUGCUGCCUCCUUCUCUUCCGACAUGGCUGCUCCCGUCGUUGCCUGGCUGCUAGACCUCUGCUCGCCUCUCAACGAAACCAGCGCAGAGCAAAAGGAAGGGAGUGAGGAGAGCAGAGCUAACAGUCAGGAGGAGGAGAAUGAAGGUGCUGAGAAGUGCCCUGUUGCUUCAGCCUCCGAGAACGUCACGUGGCAGACCCGCGCAGCAGGUCUCAUGCGCAGAAGCUUUGUGGCUGACGAGAUGGGGGGACUAGCGUCUGACCUGGAGGAGGGAAAGGAGCUCCCGCGGGGGGCUUGGUGGAAGGUCGUGGCUUUUCUGUGCGACGAGUCCUGCUCGUCUCCAGCUGUCAGGUUCGCCAUGGCGAAGUACUCAUCGAACCUGGAGGCGCAAGCGAGAAGGCGGAGGAUGGAAGUGCGAAAGAUUCGUGAGGUGAAGCUUGUGCAGGAGGGGCUGCUGGUGGAGGUGCUGGACCCUCAAACCUCCAGCUGGCUGGUAAUGCAGGUCAUCCAGAACUCGUCCAACAAGACGUUCCGGGUUGCGCCUCUCGUUUCUCAGCUCCCACAUGCAGAUGCAAAGGCAGGAGUCGGCGAUCGCAUCCUCCGCUUGUCUCAACUAGGAAGCGAAUGGCGUUUGGUGUCGAACACGUCGGAGGCACGGCAGGUGCCAGGCAGCGGAGGGAAAGGGAUAGGAACAGGCAGCAGGGGCUGCUUGAGAAAGGAGGCACUGGGCUCCGAUCGACAUCUCAACUUCUACUGGGCAGUCAGUGGAUCCUUGUGGAGCUGCGAGCACAAUCGCCGGCCGCCUCAAGCUGGAGCUUGUCCAGGACGCGUGUGGAGUCGCUUUAGCCCCGGAGAAUCGCUGGACGCGCUACUGGGAUACUUGCUGCCCCACGGGUGA